CUUCCUUUAGCCGCAGCGCCAUAAUUUCCGAGCUGCUAGCGCUACAGUCCCCAUCAACAGUUCAGGCUUACAGUACAGCUAGUUGCAGUACCACGCGAGUACACCACCAAGCCAACGCCCAACAGAGAGGUAGUCGUGCCACUGGGUCUGGGAGGAUGGCUUCGAUCGUGCUGCUGCUGUCGGAGCUGCUCGGCGGCGCGGGGAGCACCAGCAUGCUGGAGGCCAGCUGCUACAUGGGCGGCCACAGCCUGCGGGAGUUCCGGCCCGCGGCGGCGGCCACGGGCGACCGGGCGCCGCCGGAGCCGAAGCUGUCCACGGAGGCCAAGGAUGAGGAGCCGUCGUCGUUGGACCUGGAGGAUCUCUCCACCGUGUCCAGGAUAUCGGUGGACGUGAUGUGGCCCUGAGCCUGCCGCCAGCUCCCGCUGACUCGGGAGGUCCAUUCGCCUCGAGGUUCCUCUGUGUUUUUGUUGCCGACGACGAAGAAGAGACGUCAUGUGAUUCCUCGUUGCCUCGAGUUCUAUGAAAUGGAGAUGUAAAUAUGCAAAGCCACCGCUGAAUGUACUCCUUUUGUUCCUUCU